AUGUCUAAUAUGGCAGGAUCGAGUACCUCUGAGCUGCAAACUCCAAUUUUCAAUGGAGAAAAUUAUGAGUUUUGGAGUAUCAGAAUGAAAACUAUUCUGAAAUCUCAUGGUUUAUGGGAUCUGGUCGAGAAUGGGUUAAGUGACCUAGAUCUGAAGAAGGAGAAAGAGGAGGCUGUAGACACUGAGAAGUCUAUGGUGGUUCAGACUCUGAUGAAGGAUGCUCGUGCACUUGGAUUGAUCCAAAGUGCUGUUUCAGAUCAGCUAUUUCCAAGGAUUGUGAAUGAGGAAACUUCGAAGGGAGCUUGGGAUAUUCUGAAGCUGGAAUUCAGAGGAGAUAAACAGGUACGAAAUGUCAAAUUGCAAGGGCUGCGUAGGGAAUUUGAAUAUACCCGCAUGAAGGAUAGUGAAUCUUUAUCUGUAUAUCUGGUUAGGUUGUUUGAUAUAGUAAAUCAUAUGAAGAGUUAUGGUGAGGAACUAUCUAGAGAGAGAAUUGUCCAGAAGCUAUUGUUUAGUUUGCCUAAAUCUUAUGAUUCUAUCUGCUCUGUAAUUGAACACUCUAAGGACCUUGAAACUCUUGAGGUUCAAGAGGUUGUUGCUUCACUGAAGAGCUUUGAGCUCAGAUUGGAUAGACACACUGAGAAUUCUACAGAAAAAGCCUUCUCUAGUCUGAAUGUUGGUAGGAAAAACCCUGAAAAUGGAAUUGCUUCUGCAGAUCAAAUACCUCAGAAAAAUUGGAAAUCCAAUGAUGGAAACAAAAUGGCCUGCAAACAUUGUGACAGAUUUCAUUAUGGCAAAUGUUGGUAUGAAGGGAAACCUAAAUGCCAUGGUUGUGGGAAGCCUGGACAUAUGAUCAGAGAUUGCUAUGGACACAAGAAUGUGCAGAGAGUGAAUUAUGCAAAUCAGGAGGAAGAUUGUGGCACUUUGUUUUAUGUGUGUAAUGCUGCAACUGAUGUGAAGGUAAAUCACUCUUGGUAUAUUGACAGUGGUUGUAGUAACCACAUGACAGGAGAUGAGGGACUUUUGGUCAAUAUUCAAAGGAAUUUGAGCUCUAAGGUGAAGAUGGGAACUGGAGAAGUGGUCCCAGUUGCUGGAAAAGGGACUUUGGUGAUAAAAACUAAGUUAGGCAAGAAGCACAUUCAUGAAGUAAUGCUUGUACCUGGCCUUGAAGAAAAUCUGCUUAGUGUUGGGCAAAUGAUGGAACAUGGCUAUCACCUUGUGUUUGGAGGAAAUGUGGUGAGUGUUUAUGACAAUCAGUCACUAGAAAAUCUGAUUGUGAAGGUGCAGAUGACAAAUAACAGAUGCUUUCCAUUGACAAUGAUGCCUGCGAGUGAGUUGGUCCUAAAAGCAAGUGUCACACAUUGCUUGCAGACAUGGCAUAAGAGGCUGGGGCAUUUAAAUGAAAGAAGUAUAAAAUUGCUUGAGAAUCAAGGGAUGGUUCAUGGCUUACCUCACUUGGAGCAGAAGUCAGUUGUAUGUGAUGGUUGUAUGCUUGGAAAACAGCAUAGGGAUUCUUUCCCUUUGGAAUCCACUUGGAGAGCUUCAAACCCUUUGGAAUUGGUUCACACAGACAUCUGUGGACCAAUGAAAACAGAAUCACUAUCUGGAAACAGGUACUUUCUACUGUUUACAGAUGAUUUUACUAGAAUGUCAUGGGUGUACUUCAUCAGAAAUAAGUCAAGUGCAUUGGAAUGUUUUAGAAAAUUCAAAGCUAUGACUGAGCUGCAAAGUGGGUAUAAGAUAAAAGGCUUGAGAAGUGACAGGGGUGGAGAGUUUCUAUCUGGAGAAUUCAACAAGUUUUGUGAGGAAUCUGGUAUUCAAAGGCAGCUAACUAUGGCAUAUUCUCCACAGCAAAAUGGAGUGGCCGAGAGGAAGAACAGGACAGUAGUGGAAAUGGCCAAGUCCAUGUUGCAUGAGAAAGGUGUUCCCUAUGAGUUUUGGGCAGAAGCUGUAAAUACAGCAGUCUAUCUGCUGAAUAGAUGUCCUACCAAGGCUCUUAACAAGAUAACACCAUUUGAAGCUUAUACUGGCAGAAAACCAGGAAUUGCACAUUUAAAAAUAUUUGGAUCUCCUUGUCAUGUGCUUAUUCCUUCAGCAUUGAGGCAUAAGCUUGAAGAAAACAGUCACAAGUGUAUUUUUGUAGGCUAUGGUCUCUGUGAAAAGGGAUAUAGGCUGUUUGAUCCAAGUACUAGGAAGAUAAUUCUGUCCAGAGAUGUGCAAUUUGAUGAAAAUGGCUUAUGGAAGUGGGAAAAUACAAAUGAAGAAGAGAUGGUAGUCCCUUUGCCUACUGAGAAUCAAAGCUGUGAACCAAGUCAAAGCUUGGAUACAUCACUGCAAAUGGAUGAAGAAGUCACAUUACAAGCUGAACCAAGUCAAAGCUUGGAUACACAAACUCAAAUAGUUGAAGAUACCACUCUGCAAGAUGAAGGCAUAGGUGAAAGUUCUCAUUUCUUUGAUCACACACCAAAGAAAUGGAGAAGUGUAAGUGAAAUCAUGGCUAAGUGUAAUGUGUGUAUUGUGGAACCUGAAAAUUAUGAAGAUGCAGCUCAAGAUGAGUCAUGGAGAAAGGCAAUGGAAGCUGAACUGGAAAUGAUAGAAAAAAAUGACACUUGGAAACUUGUCGAGAGACCAUUUGCUAAACCUGUGAUUGGUGUUAAGUGGGUCUACAAGACUAAACUGAAUCUAGAUGGUACUGUGCAGAAAAACAAGGCUCGUUUAGUGGCUAAAGGCUACUCACAAAAGCUCGAUGUGAAAUCUGCAUUUCUUAAUGGAGUUUUAAAGGAGGAAGUAUAUGUGGAGCAACCACAAGGAUUUGUAAAGAAGGAUGAGGAAACAAAGGUAUACAAGUUACACAAAGCUUUGUAUGGUUUGAAGCAAGCACCAAGAGCUUGGUAUGACGAGAUUGAUGCCUAUUUCAACAAGGCUGGUUUCAAGAAAAGUCCAAGUGAGGCAACUUUAUAUGUUAAGGCAGAAGGUUAA